AUGAAACUCAUAUGCUGCUACGUUCAUGUUGCUGUUUCAAUUCUUGAUGGCGCUGAUUCACUGUUUACAUUUACAAAAACAAAUGGAAAAACAUGCUUAACGUACGUACCACCAAACUCAACCCUCUUUGAUCGGGUAACAGAGUUUGUGGUGCUGGUGGGUGGUUUUGAUGAGGAUACAAGUGGUGUCGAAUCAAGGUGGAAACUCCCGUGUACGUUGAUGCAAACGGUUUUCGAACAGACCAUAAAUAAUUUUUCAGUGGAUAAUGUCGUGACUCACAGUGCCAAACACAUCCUAAAUCAUUCACCAGAUUCCGUGGCUCAGAGAGGUGAUGAAACUCAGGCACCUAACGGCGUUAAGGAUAUUGGUAGACAGCAUGCAAUUAGAUGGAAGGCAGAAGAAGAGAGAAAGCAGUGGAGUGGAACUAACUACGUUCAAUGA